UAUUCUCACUCAUACUGUCCAUGUUUGUUCAAUAAUUCAGCCAAUUCCUCGAGUCUGAUGAAGAAUUAGCUGGUUAACUUAAUCCACCAGCUGUGACUGCAUGAACACUUUGUGCCACUUUGUUUACCAACAAUAGCAAACACACGUGCCACCAUGGACAUGGCGUGUGCUGUGUGCAGCCCCACCGACUCAUUCAUGGAGCCUGUUUACAAGCACAUUAGAUAUCCAGACAUCACACAAUGGCCCUAUUCUUUGCUUCACAACUCCACCUCCAGAUGAGGACUGCAAAUGGGUCAGUGGCCCUGUCCUUCUUGGAGAUGUCACAGGCGCAGAGCUGGGGAACACAGUCACUCUUUCACAUGUCCUCCUCUGCAUAUUCCUGCUGCCGCCCAGCACAAGGCAGUGUUGCCUAAACACCACACUGGAAUGGCUGCUCCUCCCCAGUUAUCAGUCCUUCGCUGGAUCCUCCUCCUCACCAUUUCAGUUGACAGGUGCUCCGUGUUGGCGUUUCAAGUGACGGAGGGCAGCACGGUGAUUUUGUCAUGUCAUUACUCAGUGAAGCACCAUGGCCUCAGCCACGUCUGCUGGGGACGGGAUUGUGGAACGUUCUGGUGCAAUGACAUCAUCGUCCAAACAGAUGAGUACGGCGUCAUCUCCAAAGUCUCCGACAGGUACAGGCUCAUUGGAGACGUUCUGUCAGGACAAAUGGACCUCGGGAUCCAAAGAAUACAGAAGGCGGACAGUGGCCCAUACUGCUGUAGAGUGGACAUAGAAGGAUAUUUCAAUGAUAAGAAGAUGUCCUACACAUUGAGGGUCAUGAAAGCCCCAACGACUGUGCCUCCAACAACCACGACCCCGAUGACUACAGAACAACAGGACACACAGACAGUGUCAUCACUGUCAGAUCAGUCCAGAGGAGCAGAUUCAUCAUUCUCUGACAUUUCCUGGCAGAAUGUCACUCAUGUGCUUUCUGGGGCUAUGAUGGAAGAGCCGAUCUCUCGGAUCACACUACAGAUAAACAUCCCGGUGUUGUCUCUGUCUCUCAGUCUGCUACUGCUCCUCUUGGGCGCUCUGGCCUUUUUCACCUUCAAACGUGGCCUUUAUGGGAAGGCAUUUAACAGUGGGUGUUUCUCAAAGGAGCCCCGACACAUUAUAUAUGAAAUACGCACAAGAAGACCAGUGGAGGAGAACAUCUACACCCUGGAAUAAGAAACAAAAAACACCUGAUUCUCGCCGUUACUCAUACACAGACAUUCACACAUCCUGCAAGUCUUUAAUAUUGUUCAGUUUUUGAUUUAAGAAAGGGAUUGCUCACUCAAAAAUUUGUGGAACUGGUGAUGUCAUUCUAAAAAUGUGUAUUUUGUAAGAACAUAAUGACAAACUUUUCAUUUUUGUGCGGAGGAUCCCUUUGAGUAUGAAAUCUCCUGUAAAAUUGUAAAAAAGAAAAUAUA